AUGGGCAACGCAUACACGAUUGAUCUGCCCCGUAAGAUGCGUACGCAUCCUACGUUUUACGUCGGUCGUCUCUGCCCGUACUAUCAGUACGAGCCCGUUUCGAGAUGCGAAGAACACCUCCACGGUCGAGAGCCAAGACUACCCUCAAGUGGUCCCGUUUCAGCGAGCCAGUCUGGUCGACUAGCGAAGCUACCUGUUCACGCAGCUCUGCGAUGUCUCGACGAGCAGCAGCCAGCUCAUCACGAAGAGAAUGAGUCGAAUGUUCGUUCUCAAGUUGCGCAAACGCAAAAGCGGCACGAUCGUCCGAACGAUCGUGCGUUAGGGAAUUUAAAUUAUCCCUCACAAGAUCUUCAAGCCCAUAGCGCCGAGAUCGUUAAUGAGCCAGGUCAUCUUGCAACUGUUCCGUUAGACGGUUCAGCUCUUGAACAUCAAGCUGAUUCGACCCUCGAGCCGGAUCAGGUGUUCCCAACGCCAUCACAUCCUUUGGUGGACUCAAGCGGUGGUCAACGCUUCCGAGUGGAGCAUACUUUGAGCCACCGCGAUGUGAAUGGCGUCCGGACAAGUUACCUUGUCCGCUGGCGUGGCUAG